UUCGUCUUGACCCGUCUCUUACGGGAAGAAGAGGAAAGGAGCGACUUCUUUUCUUUCUUUCCGAGUUUAUGCGAUCUCUCGUGUGAGUUCUUCCAGUUCUUCUUUGAGGAUCAUUGAAUCAAAAUCGGAAUUUUACGAAUCACUCCUUCCGGAUAAUUGGAUCCAAAUCAGAAUUUUACGAAUCACUCGCCAUUAGCGUUGCCACAGACCCUUCUCCGGAUAUCGCCGAAACGAAAGAUGAUAACCAGUGUUCAGAUUUUGGAUUACACUAGGAUGUAACGCGACAGGUUACACCCUAGGUUGCAGUCUUCCGCUCUCGAUGUUGGACUACUGUCAGAUGAAGUCUGUGCCGUCAAAUCCAGUGAUGUCAAUUUCGGCGCCGGGUAGCAUGACUGCCAGCUUAGAAACGAUGAGUUCGGUGAAAAGCUUGGUGUGCAGUCCGGAUCUCACAAUGUUCGCGACCACGCCGGGGUGCAGCGGAGUUGAAGCCGCAGAUCUGGCCAGUCCAACGGUGGAGAUCGGAAAAUAUCAGUGUCUACUCUGUCAGAAGAGCUUUACGCAGAAGAACGUAUAUCAGAGUCACUUGAGGUCGCAUAGUAAGGAGAGCGAAGAUCCAUAUCGCUGUAACAUCUGCGGCAAGACGUUUGCGGUACCGGCGCGACUGACGCGUCAUUAUCGCACCCAUACUGGCGAAAAACCGUACCAAUGCGAGUACUGCAACAAGUCGUUCUCGGUGAAGGAAAAUCUCAGCGUACAUCGGCGUAUCCACACGAAGGAACGGCCGUAUAAGUGCGACGUGUGUGGACGCGCGUUUGAACAUAGUGGCAAGCUACACCGUCACAUGCGCAUUCAUACUGGCGAACGGCCGCACAAAUGCACCGUAUGUGCUAAAACAUUCAUACAAAGCGGCCAGUUGGUAAUACACAUGCGCACGCACACCGGUGAGAAGCCGUACGUGUGCAAAUCGUGCAAAAAAGGUUUCACCUGUUCCAAGCAGUUGAAAGUGCAUACGCGCACCCACACUGGCGAGAAACCUUACACUUGUGACAUUUGCCGCAAGGCAUUUGGCUACAACCACGUACUCAAGUUGCACCAGGUGUCGCAUUAUGGCGAAAAGGUGUAUAAGUGCACAAUUUGCAAUGAGACUUUUGGUUCCAAGAAGACAAUGGAGUUGCAUAUCAAGAAGCAUCCGGAAUCGCCGGCAUCCAUCACUUCCACUAUUACAGACAGCGACAUCUCACCAACGGCGAUCGCUUCGCCAAUCGAACCGGAUGUUGAGAUUUCUCAGAGCGGCGGUGGUGACGGUGGCAGUAAUAGUAGCAACCUUGACCCAGCCACAGUCCCAGCGAUUCUAGAUUUACCGGAUAUCGCUGUUGACGAUAAGGAAAACCUGAAGACUGAAGAGGCCUAUUCGGAUUCGACAUCGAACGCUUACACUGUUCAACGCGACUUUGGAUACUACCUUUAUUCCGGCAACAGAGAGCAGCAGUAUUCACAACCAAUAGUAACAUCGCCAUCGAGUACGGUAGAACCCGUCGUGUUCGCUGAUAUCGACGAGAAGCGCUUUCAAGCGAGCGUGGUAGUAAGUGCGCCGAUGGAACCAAUGACUCAUCAUGUGUUUUUCUAUCCCGAACCAGUGUAUGCUAGUUUCGGUUUAACCACCAAUAGCGGUGUUCAUCUCGAUACUACCGAUUGCUCAUCUCUUUUGAAUUUGCCGGGUAACGACGCGCGCCGAAGGGUUGAGGCUGCCUUAGAAGCGGUUGAGGAAGAGCGACAAAGACAAGAAUAUGGUGCCAGGAUUGUCAAAAUUGAUCGAGAUCCGUUACUCACGCCACCGUGUAGUAAUCCUGAGAGCCCAGCAUCGUCACCUGACUUGGCCUUGGAUCUAGUGAUACCACCACGGGAAACGUUAAUUUUGCCGCCCAGGAAACGUAGCAAGAUGAUUCUUCAAUCCAUGGAGAGCGAAUAUAGGAAUAACGGUGGUAGUGGUGGCAGCCUAAUCACGGCUUCACAGAGGCAAAAUUCUGUCAUUCAAUUUGCGCGAGCUUCAUAGUGAAUGUGUCGGAGCUGUUAGAAAAGCUUUGUGAAAUCGCUUUGAAAGUCACUUUAAAAAUUGAAAAGGAUGAUCUCCUAGAAAAUGUUUUACUUUGAUAAGAUCAAGAUCGAAAAUUGGAAGAAAUGUCGAUUUGUGUGUGAGUUUCUUCGGUCAAGACAAAUUUGAGUGCAAGGAGUACGUAGAAAUUGUCAAGAAUUUCACUGAUAUUCCAAUGUUAAAUGAAAAUAAUUGCAAAACGCACGAGCGAUGAAUUUUUAUCUUGUUAAUUGCGAUACAAAACUGCAUUCGGCAUAUACGGAAGCUCUCCAUUUUCAGAAUUAGGAGUGAAAGCUCAUGUGCCUCUUCGAUGAAACCUAAAUGUAACGCAAGUGAAUCGCAACUCAGUGUUUUAACUUUCCAUUCGCAAUCAGUAUGAGAAGACUAAUUACAUGAAGUUAGCUCAGCAAUCAAAACCGCGUUUGUUACUUAAUAACAUUUAAUAGCAAUUAACGCAAUCCAUGUACUGCAUAUAUUUUCCUAACGGUUUACGAGCGAAAACACUCGUAAUUACCUUCUUGACCUUGUUCGAUAGCUCCUUGAUCUUUUGAGGCUUUAACAUUACGUGUAUGUUGGAUGCGUGGAACAUAAAGAGAAAAAGAUUGGAUAUAUUACUAGAUUGAGAGAAGAUCGCACUGAUCGCGAGCGUGCAUGAUGAGGUAGCAGUGCGUAUGCUAUUAAAAUAACCUUGUUAAACUAAAUUUUUAGGAAAAUUUAGAUAAUUUAAAAAAAGA